AUGUCUGCUACUAAGAAUACAAAGGACAGAGGAGAUGCAAAGGACAGAGGAGAUGCAAAGGACAGAGGAGAUGCAAAGGACAGAGGAGAUGCAAAGGACAGAGGAGAUGCAAAGGACAGAGGAGAUGCAAAGGACAGAGGAGAUGCAAAGGACAGAGGAGAUGCAAAGGACAGAGGAGAUGCAAAGGACAGAGGAGAUGCAAAGGACAGAGGAGAUGCAAAGGACAGAGGAGAUGCAAAGGACAGAGGAGAUGCAAAGGACAGAGGAGAUGCAAAGGACAGAGGAGAUGCAAAGGACAGAGGAGAUGCAAAGGACAGAGGAGAUGCAAAGGACAGAGGAGAUGCAAAGGACAGAGGAGAUGCAAAGGACAGAGGAGAUGCAAAGGACAGAGGAGAUGCAAAGGACAGAGGAGAUGCAAAGGACAGAGGAGAUGCAAAGGACAGAGGAGAUGCAAAGGACAGAGGAGAUGCAAAGGACAGAGGAGAUGCAAAGGACAGAGGAGAUGCAAAGGACAGAGGAGAUGCAAAGGACAGAGGAGAUGCAAAGGACAGAGGAGAUGCAAAGGACAGAGGAGAUGCAAAGGACAGAGGAGAUGCAAAGGACAGAGGAGAUGCAAAGGACAGAGGAGAUGCAAAGGACAGAGGAGAUGCAAAGGACAGAGGAGAUGCAAAGGACAGAGGAGAUGCAAAGGACAGAGGAGAUGCAAAGGACAGAGGAGAUGCAAAGGACAGAGGAGAUGCAAAGGACAGAGGAGAUGCAAAGGACAGAGGAGAUGCAAAGGACAGAGGAGAUGCAAAGGACAGAGGAGAUGCAAAGGACAGAGGAGAUGCAAAGGACAGAGGAGAUGCAAAGGACAGAGGAGAUGCAAAGGACAGAGGAGAUGCAAAGGACAGAGGAGAUGCAAAGGACAGAGGAGAUGCAAAGGACAGAGGAGAUGCAAAGGACAGAGGAGAUGCAAAGGACAGAGGAGAUGCAAAGGACAGAGGAGAUGCAAAGGACAGAGGAGAUGCAAAGGACAGAGGAGAUGCAAAGGACAGAGGAGAUGCAAAGGACAGAGGAGAUGCAAAGGACAGAGGAGAUGCAAAGGACAGAGGAGAUGCAAAGGACAGAGGAGAUGCAAAGGACAGAAGAGAUGCAAAGGACAGAGGAGAUGCAAAGGACAGAGGAGAUGCAAAGGACAGACCUACAGUUUUCAUAAAUAAAGGAAGAUAA